CGCGUCUGGUGCCACAAGAUGUGUACCAGUACGUAAUGUGCUAAAGACGACGAAGAAAGGUGGUAAAAUACCUCAAGUUGGAAAUAAUGAGGAAAAGGACGAAGAACGUAACGUAUUUUAACGUCUCUUUCAACACUGCAAAGAAGGCGAAAGUACCAGCUCGUUUUCCACUUGUUAAUUUCCGCGUGCGCCGUAGUGAAAGCCGGCCGCGUGCACGCGCAUUACAUUCCGUGGCCACGACUGAAUUCUUGAAGUGACACCAUACGCCGCGCGUGCCGGAGACCCAGUAGCGCGCGUGAGUGUGAAGCAAACAGGGCGGGACUCAGGCCGGCGGACCGCGACGUCGCAGGUCGAUCCAAAAGAAUCCCCCCGUGGACCCAAAAUCGCUCGUGUUGGACUUCGAACGUGAUGACCACGGACAUUUCUUUUGUUUUUUAAAAGCGUCGCGCACGACGUGACGUAGUUAGUCGAUCCAUGGCGGACGGCAGCCCGGCUCGAGCGGAAGCUGCGGACGGCAGCUGGAGCGCGACGGCGAGUCCACUGCGGCCCAAGAAACGCCAACAGGAGCCUGGGGCUUUGGGUCACAGCUUCAAGAGGGUGACGCUCACCAAGCCCACCUUCUGCCACCACUGCAGCGACUUCCUGUGGGGGCUGCUGGGCUUCCUGUGUGAAGCGUGUAACUUGAUGUGUCACGAGAAAUGUCUGAAGAGACUUUCCUCGCUAUGCUCCAGCAUGACGCCCUCUGCAGUACGGGUUCCCGUGGCUCACUGCUUUGGUCCGGACACUCACAAGAGGCGCAUAUGCUGCGUGUGCAGGAAGCAGACGGAGGGAAAUAACGCUCUUCGUUGUGAAGUGUGCGAGCUGCAUGUGCACGCCGACUGCGCCGCCUUUACGUGUGCCGACUGUCGCUUUUGUCACGUAGAUGGCACUCGGCAGCAGCAGGGCAUGUUUCAGCACCACUGGCGGGAGGGCAACCUGGCGUCGAGCUCCCGCUGCCAUCUGUGCCGACGCUCCUGCAGUUCGUCCGACGUGCUGGCGGGGAUGAGGUGCGAGUGGUGCGGUGUUACGUGUCACGCAGCCUGCCACCUCAGGGUGGCGCCGGUGUGCACCCUGGGCCGUCUGCGCCGCAUGAUGCUUCAUCCCGCCUGUGUGCGCCUCCAAUCCAGAAACUUCAGCAAGCACCACUGCUUUCGCAUCGUGGAGGGCGGCAGAUGGAGAAAUGAUGAAGAUGACAGCGAUGACGUGACCAACGUAGCCUCUAAAGAUGGUCAGCCAGCAGCGGCCGAGCACGGCAAACAGUUUCUUAAGGUCUAUGAUGGCGACGACGCCCUCAGGCGUGGUCACUUUCGCCUCGUCUCCAUCGUCAGAGCCACCAAGAACCAGGAAGUUCUGGAGGCGGCGUUGCGGGCCUUCUACCUGCCAGAUGACCCUCAAGAUGUCCAGCUGCAGGAAGUGGGCGGACUUGAGCGCGUCCAUAGCGACGACAUCUUGAAUCGUAGCAGCGGCUCACUGAAGGGCGGUGGCGACUCCUGGAUGCUAAGGGCCAAAGGUGGCCGUGCCGAGGUCAUCAGAGUGUAUGACGGAAGCGGCAGUUCUGUACCGGAUCACGUCAGUGUGUCCGUGUCCGAGGACAGCACGGCUGCGUCCGUCCUCGCCGAGGCACUGGAGCAGCUGAAGCUUCAAAAAGAUGACACAACGCAAUGGGACCUUCUUGAAGUGGUCAUGAGCAGCAAACAAGUGCAGAAGCAAACGCUGAUGCCGCAACAGAACAUUCUGGCUAAGCUGCACGACAUCAGGAAGACGUCUCUGCGGCAGAUGAACCGGACUCGUUUCUAUGUAGUGGAGAGGCAGAACCAGGCGGUGCGUGUGAGGCUGCUGAUCGGAGGGCUGCCCCCCCAGCUGUCCAAAGAGCAGUACUGGCAGCUGUUGCAGGAGCAGCUAGCCGUCAAGACUCACCUGGCCGACAUCAGCCAUGUGUACCCCAGCCAAGGCGCGGUGGCAUUGCAGUUGUCGUGCUUCUCCGAAGCUGAGCGCGUGUUCAUGUUGGCCAAAGACGUGACCGUCAAAGAGAAAUCGCUCACGUCGCUCGUCAUCCCGGAGAUCCAGCUCAGGCAGCUGAGUGAGGAUGUGCGGCCCCUGCUGGUGUUUGUCAACACAAAGAGCGGCGGCCUGAAGGGCAAAGAGCUUCUGUACGCCUUCCGCAAGAUUCUCAACCCACACCAAGUCUUUGACCUCUCCAACGGUGGACCGCUGCCGGGCCUCCACACCUUCCGGGAUAUUCCCAGCUUCCGGGUGUUGGCGUGCGGGGGCGACGGCACAGUGGGCUGGGUGCUGAGUGUGCUGGAGGAGCUGCGACACCAGCUGGCCUGUCGGGAGCCGCCCGUUGGCAUCCUGCCUCUCGGAACAGGUAACGACCUGUCCCGUGUCCUGCGCUGGGGCGCUGGCUACAGUGGCGACGACCCGUCUCACAUGCUGGCCUGUGUGGACGAAGCGGACGAAGUUCUGAUGGACCGCUGGACCAUCCUGCUGGAUGCGCAGGACCUAGCCGAGAACAGCGCCGACAGCUUCCUGGAAGCGCCCAAGAUCGUUCAUAUGAACAAUUACCUCGGAGUGGGCAUCGACGCCGAGCUCAGCCUGGACUUCCACCAAGCCCGUGAAGACGACCCUGAGAGGUUCAGCAGCAGGUUCCACAACAAAGGCGUGUAUGUCAAGGUGGGCCUGCAGAAGAUCAGCGCCACCCGCAGUCUGCACAGGGAACUGCAGCUGCAUGUGGACGGACGCAAUGUUGCGCUGCCCAACAUCGAGGGCCUCAUCUUCCUCAAUAUUCCCAGCUGGGGCUCUGGUGCCGACCUGUGGGGUGCAGAGGCGGACUGCCGCUACAGCAAGCCGAGCGUGAACGACGGCCUGCUGGAAGCGGUUGGCGUCACCGGAGUGGUUCACAUGGGCCAGGUGCAGAGCGGCCUGCGUUCUGGCAUUCGCAUCGCCCAGGGAACUUACAUGCGGGUGGCGCUCAAGAAGGCUUUCCCCGUGCAGGUGGACGGGGAGCCGUGGCUGCAACCUCCAGGGCACAUCAUCAUCUCCGCCGCUGGACCCAAGGUGCGUAUGUUGCAAAAGUCCAAAGACAAGCACGGGAAGUCGCCGCCGGGUGGCGGCAAGGACGGGCGCUCGGGAAACUCGGCCUUCUCAGAGGGAUGCUCGGAAAGCUCGGCCUCCUGGAACGGGCGCUGGGGAAACUCGACAGUAGUCGACCAAAGUGACGCCCAAACUGAAAACGGCUGUCUGGAUUCCAUACCGACCGGCUGGGACGACAUCUGCUACAUCGACAAAAGUGACCUGACUUGAAAGGCAUGCGCUCAAAGGAAGUAAAUAGUCGGAGAAUGAAGUUGUAACUUUCAAAUUCACGCGAGAGAGAAAAAAGUGACGAGAGGCGAAAGAAGACAAAAUACAUGUGCGUAAAUGACAGGGAUCCAAUUGGAAUGGUGAGGCUACAGCCAGUGGAGAUCCAGAAGGUAGAGGAUUUGAAUUACUCGGGGUCCAGAGCAACGGAGAGUGUGGAAAAGAGGUGAAGAAGCGCAUCGGAGCAGCAGCCCUGAUCAAUUUGUUGCCUGAGGCAAGAUUUUUUUUCUUUUUUUUUUCCCCAAAGUCUGCUUUAUUGUCAACUUCUUCACAUGCCGAGACACACAAAGAGAUCGAAAUUACGUUUUCUCUAUCCCACGGUGAUGAGACAUAUUACACGAUAGACAUACAAGUAAACGACGCAAUGUAAAAAACAAGAAGGCACAAAGAAUAAUAAGAGUAAUAAUAAAUAAUAAAUAAACAGAUAACACAACAAAUAAGAGCCAGUGUGCAUACAGACAGUAUUUUCCCUGGAUUCCCCUGGCCAGGUGGUGUGCGGUGUAUGUACCAGACAGACUCGCGGCGGGCUCGACUAUGGGGCUUAACGUCUCGCAAACAUUUCCGCAAACAUAGUACAUUGGAUUCACAAAAAGAUGUACUCGUUGGCUCCCUGCUGUGGCCAAACAUUGUACAUUGGAUUCACAAAAAGAUGUACUCGUUGGCUCCCUGCUGUGGCCAAAAUGUUAUGACUAGGGUACAAUUAUGUAGCUAGCCAUGACUGAAAUGCCAUUUCAUUUGAAAUAAAAAGGAGCUCAUGACUAUCAACAAGUUUAUUUGAAUCAAAUGUAUGAGUUAGAACAACUGAGAAAGAAAAUAAUAAUUAAAAAAAAAUACAUACAAUAUCAUUUAAAAUGGAUUGAUUGAUUAAGAUCAGGGGAUGCUUUGAGAAUAAUUGUCAAUUUUUGUCUAUGUGAAGCCCUUUGAGACUGCUUGUGAUUUAGGGCUAUACAAAUAGACUUGACUUGACUUGA